AUGAUGAUCACAACCAUAUUUUUGUUUCUCUUUGCUCCAUUCUAUGCUGCCAUCCUCAGGAUAUGCACCGGUGGCCCUCCACCAGAAGCUCCCAGUCAUCUCAGCUGCAUCCGCCGCCUCGAGUACUAUCUAUGCCACAGCACAUAUAGACAGACGCUCGCCGGUAUGCUUCCGCUUCUCUUCUUCGGCCACAUGCUUAUCGCGAUCGAUGAGGGGAAAUAUUCGCCCAGUAUAUUGUGGCCAUCUUCGAGCCCAACUCCCAUUUUGCAGUUCUUGACAGUGAUGCUGCUGUAUGCAGCUAUUGUUCUCCUGCUUACAGUAUAUGGAAAACGUGGAGACCCAAAGGCUGAGGCUUCCGAGAGGAUGGAUCUAUAUCUUUCAGUCAUAAUGUACUAUUGGUACUGA